CAGACUACCGGCCACCGUGACCCUCGGCCUGGUGAGGGAGGGAGGACAGAGCCGGGGGCCCGCGACCCACUGCGCCUUGCAAGGAGCGGACGCCUCCCAGGCACCCUGAGUACCUUCUGCGUCACUGGACCGUGGGGAUUAGCUGGUGGAUUUCAGGCAUGCUGUGGAAGUUGCUGAUGAGAUCCCAGCCUUGCAGGCUGUGUUCUUUCAGAAAGAUGCUAUCAGCUCCCAAAUACAGACCUUUUUUAGCUUGCUUCACCUAUACAACUAACAAUCAGUCUAACAAAGAAAAUCAAAGAACAGUAGAAAAGCUCCAUAAAUUUUCAGUUGACAUCAGGAAAAUACGCAGAUUAAAAGGAUGGGUCCUUUUGGAGGAUGAAACCUAUGUUGAAGAAAUUGCAAAUAUUUUACAACAACUAGGUGCCAAUGAGACUGCGGUAGCCAGUAUUUUGGAACGCUGCCCAGAAGCCAUUGUCUGCAGUCCAACCGCUGUUAACUCCCAGAGAGAACUCUGGCAGUCCAUCUGCAAAAAUGAGGAAGAGUUAGUCAAGUUAAUAGAACAGUUUCCAGAAUCUUUCUUUACAGUUAAAGACCAGGAGAACCGGAAACUGAAUGUUCAGUUCUUUCAAGAGUUGGGACUCAAAAAUGUGGUCAUUAGCAGAUUUUUGACAACUGCACCUAGUAUUUUUCAUAAUCCUGUUGAGAAGAAUAAGCAAGUGAUAAGGAUUCUCCAAGAGAGCUAUCUAAAUUUAGGUAGCUCUGAGACCAACAUGAAAGUUUGGUUACUAAAGUUAUUAAGCCAAAACCCAUUUAUUUUGUUAAAUUCUCCUGCAGCUAUAAAGGAAACACUGGAAUUUCUCCAGGAGCAAGGUUUCACAGACUCUGAAAUUCUCCAACUUCUGUCCAAACUGAAAGGGUUUCUUUUUCAACUUGGCCUAAGAAGUAUACAGAACAGUAUUUCCUUCUCUAAAAAUGCUUUUAAAUGCACAGAUCAUGACCUGAAGCAGUUAGUUUUGAAAUGCCCUGCCCUUUUAUAUUAUUCCGUUCCCAUUUUGGAAGAGAGAAUUCAGGGAUUAUUGAAAGAAGGAAUUUCCAUAGCUCAGAUAAGAGAAACGCCCAUGGUUCUGGAGUUAACACCGCAGAUAGUGCAGUACAGGAUAAGGAAACUGAAUUCCUUAGGCUACAGAGUAAAGGAUGGACAUCUAGCAAGUCUAAAUGGAACGAAAAAAGAGUUUGAGGCUAACUUUGGUAAAAUCCAGGCCAAAAAAGGAAGGCCAUUAUUUAACCCCGUGGCACCGUUACAUGUUGAUGAGUAACUCACUGGCUGAUCCUGCUUCCCUCUGGCAGUGCAGAGUGAAACUGAGGAGCAAAGACACAGGAUUCAGGCUGUUCGUAGGCACCAGUCAUUUUACCUCUAAGUAAAUAUCCCCCAACUCAUAUGCUAUAUUAUAAAAUAUAAGUUACAUUUGUUUUAAAUAAA